GGUGUUAUAUCUAAAUUUGCGAUCUUCCUGCAUCAACCAGCACCAAGUGGUCGAGCAGUAACUCGGCUGACGCAUCUUCCUUGGUCUAGUGGUCAUGAUUUCCGCUUGUCAUUAACACCGAUAAGCGCGGGAGACCGGGGUUCGAUUCCCCGAGGGAGAGUCUUUUUUUGCAUCAAGUUCAUACUAAUCAUAUUUGAUGAUCGAUUCUUCGCAAGUACCCAGUCCUCCUUUGAGCGCAACCUGAUCAAUGAUCAAGAACAUUGGAUAAAUACAACACCCGAUCUAUUUAUUUUUCUCUGCAGACAUCACUUUCCUGCCUCCAAGCCAAACCUUUUCCCAUCUUUCAUCAAGGCCGGCUGGCCCAAUGGCAAGGCGCUUGACUACGAAUCAAGAGAUUGCAGGUUCGACCCCUGCGUCGGUCACAUCUUUUUGGCUCCUUCAUCUCAUGGUGCUACUCUCUUUUUGAACCUCUGA